CUUGCGGUGUGGUCCCUCCAUCCUUUGGGGCGAAACAGCUGUACCAUUCAAGGACCCAAAGCGAGAAGCUGGGUACAAUCCGACUGAAUAAUCCUCUCUCACUCUGGGAACUGAGAUGGAUAAAGGGGCUGUCGGUAUCAUUCACCGAGCUCGCCUUUCCUUCUGAGAGUCAAGAGGUCUCGAACGUGAAAUGUCAGCGUACGCUCACCUAUCGCGCACGAAAAACGUAAAGGGUCUUCUCCCUGUUUACGGUUGGUUUACGGCCUCUUUCGAGACAUGGAAGGAGGGCCGUUAAUGCUCAUCCUCCCAUUUGGUGGUGUGUCGCUUUUCGACCGAGGGGUGGAACAACCUGGUAACCGAGUAACGGUUUCCGAAUCUGAACGUAUUCAUGAUGGCGGGGUUCGUCAUCGUGAUAUUCGUACCCCAAACAUGCUGGUCAACGGACCGGAUGUAUAUUUUAUUGACUUUGAUCAAGCUUUGCUGAGAAGCCCUAGUGAGGGAAGAGGGGAGGAGAUGGCUGAUUUAGAGGACCUCACUGGUGCCGAACCGGAAGACUCUCGGUCAUAAAGAUCGCUCACAAGCUCCCCUACCAUAUGAUACCUUCGUUUUCUGUAUUAUGACCGACACCCGCCUUCCUUCUUUGCCGUACUCAUUUUUGUACCCGUUGUACACUUACAUGGUAUUGCAAUAUUUACCCAUCCAUUUAGAGAUGUACG